AUGGACAUCGCUUCUGAGACUGACGGACGACCCAGCAACGCUGUCAAACGGGUGAAAGAGUCAAAUAUUUGUCGAGCAUCGGUUGCCCGGUCUGUACCAACUUCAAGGGGCCCCUCAGAACCCAGGAAGAGACUUUUGAUCGUAAACAAUGAGGAACCGGAACCGUUUUUGGGUAUUCGUUCCAGGGCGAACAGUCUGGAUCCUCUCCCAGGUCACCUUAAGCGCAUUGAAACGCCAGACUCAGGCCUCCGUCCAGUCCAGCAUGUUGUGCAUGUAUCUCCUCCCACAUUCGUACAGACUGUCCAAAGGUCGCCCAACCAGCCAAUCCCGAAACCUAGCGUUUUCGAACGCCACAGCCAUCGGAGACUCAGUAACGCGAUCGAGGGCUUGGAAGACCUCGUUGAGGAAGCUGUAAACACGGUUGAGCGUACAGAGCGACUCGAAUACGUAGAACAGAUAUACGCAAUUAUCGAGGAUGCAAGCAUCGCUGUAUCAGACGCAUCUUCGGAGCCCGCUCGACAUCUUAUGAGAAAUUCGUCCCCUUUACAAGUUGCUACCGAAGAGGUGAGCCAAUCCUUUCAAUUGCCAACGCAUACGAAGGUUGUUGAGACUGUUGUGGAGCAUGUCCACAAUAUACCCAAACUACAACCACGCAACGUUGAGCAAAGGGAGUCAGAGACGAUUGACUGGGCUUACCGCAAUGUGAAGGAUCCCAAGUAUCAUGAUCAAUAUUUGCGGUCGUCAUCGUCGUCAUCGUCGUCAUCGUCGUCAUCGUCGUCAUCUACCUCGUCCACGUCCUCGAGGUCUGGCCACAGACGACAUUCCCACGCUAGCUCUGGCAGCGACCUUUUGCAGCUACUCCCUCCUCAACCCAUUGCGACGGCUUCCCGUGACCAUAUAGACCACGUGCUGCGCCCAAAAAUUUCCCGCUCCCACUCCCGAGGCCGAUCGCGACGACGGAGAGGCAGUCUUGAUCGAUGCCGGAGACGCCAUCGGCACAUUCCCAGUUGGCGAAGCGGUGACACAAGAUCGCACUCACCGCGCCGACGCUUUCGCCAUCAUGGAUCUUCUAACUCUGAUACCUCCUUCGAUGAAGAAGAUUUACAUGCUGUCGGCAAGCCAGAAGGCAUUAGGCGCUAUGGCGAAGAGUUGCAUGUACGAGAUGCCCACCACCAUACCUUCAGUUUGCGUGGCAAUCAUCGCCGGCAACCAGUCGCUAGAAACUGGACAACGGGAAAGAAGCGGAUUUGUGCGUUCAUUGCGUGUACAAAUACGGCAGUGCUAGGCAUCAUCGUGGGGAUAUAUGCAAAAGUUCCUCGAAUCCAGUAUGUGCUAGCCGACGAGCAUCAUCGUGUGAUUCUCGGAAACGUGGCCUUAUAUUUUGGACUUGCAUUUUCGACGUACGUGUGUUGGCCUCUGCCUCUUCUUCAUGGACGUAAACCGUACAUUCUCGCCUCUUUGGCUCUGGCGAUGCCACUACAGUUUCCCCAGGCCCUCGUCCUGAGCCAGAAGCGUUCACCGACGGAGCACCGCUGGAUUGCGGGUUUGCUCAUUGCUCGCGGCUUCACUGGUCUUGUUCUUGGCUUUGCAAAUGUAAACUUCGUCAGCCUUUUACUCGAUCUCUUCGGUGCUUCCUUACAGAGCAAGCAUCCCCAUCAGGAAUUCACGACUCCAAGUGACGUUCGAAGACACGGUGGCGGCAUGGGCAUUUGGCUGGGAUUUUGGUCUUGGUGCUGGAUUGGCUCACUAGCUGGAGGCUUUCAGAUCGGCGCUGGGAUUAUCGACUCGCUGACCCCGGAUUGGGGCUUCUACAUAACCAUCGCGAUCCUCGCUGGAGCGCUCCUCGUCAACGUCAUGAUGCCUGAAACCCGCCGUUCUGCCUACCGUCGCUCCGUUACUGAGGUGUAUGACCGAGACGAGAAUUACAUCACGAGGCGCGUUGCUCGCGGUGAGAUCAAACUCCAUAUUUCCACCGAGGGUCCGAAGUACUGGUUCGAAGAAGUGUGGGCUGGCCUCAAACUCUCCACCAUGAUGCUUUGUCAACCGGGUUUCCUUGUUCUCUCCCUGUACCUCGGAUGGAUCUACGCCCACAUCGUCCUGGUCAUCGUCCUACUGGGGGCACUCCUCUCCCGAGACUACAAGUGGCACUCCCAGAUGGUCGGCCUCGGCGUCAUGUCAAUCGCCAUCGGCGCUCUCUUCGCCAUACCUUUAACCAAAGCUAGCAUCUUCUCUCGCGAGCGCAAGAACGCCUUUCGCACAGAUAGUAUGACGUUCCAGAAGCAAGUCAGCUGGUCGAGCCAUCUCAUCCGCCGAUGCAUCUUCACCCUCGUGCUCCCACUCAUGGGCCUCGCGUAUACUGUCUCUUCGGCUAGCCGUCCGAAGCCCUUUAUGGUACCCAUAGUGUUCGCCGGCGCCGUGGGAUUCCUCUCAAUCCUUGCGAUCGCCGAAUGUUAUGGCCUGAUCAUGGAGACGUUCGAUACCUGCGAUCUCCAGCCUGGUGUAAACACACGCCACAGACUCCAAAGCAUGGCCGCCGAGGACCGCCGGCGGCAGACAAACUACUCCUCCUUCCCGCGCGUCAGUGCUGGUAUCUUCGCCUCACACGCCCUUUCGUUUGUCGGCGCGGCCGUGGCUACAGAAGUAGGCGGCAUCAUGACUCGACACAUUGGCGCGCAGGCUUCGACGGGUGUCACAGCGGGGAUUCUGCUCUUCCUCACGCUCCUGCUUACUCUUGUGUUGUGGCGUUUCAAGGAGAUUCAGGUCAUUCCGAGCCACACUUUCGGUACAAGGCGGGAUACGGCGGCGUGGCACGAGUUUAAGGAGUUGGAGAAGGAGGGGAGGGGAUCGGAGUGGAAAGCGGUGGUAAUCGGGAAUCCGAGUGGGAAGAUGAGGCGGAUGAGUGUGCUGGAGCUCGGGGCGCUGAGUCGCUGGACAGAGAUCAGGAAGCUGAACUUCUUGAUCAAGGCGGAUGAUCGCGCAAGAAAAAGAGAUGAUUGGCACCAGGGUCGGAGUUGGUAG